AUGACGGAAUGGAACACAAAAAGAUUUAUUCGUUCGGAAUAUUCAAAAUUAAGACAUACCAGGAGGAUUUUCCAUCAACAACAAGCUAAGUCCCUCUAUGUGGAAAAUUGUAGCUAUGUGAAAGAAGCUUUAAAGAAACGCGACGAUAAAUUAGGCAAUUUUCAUUUUUUGCCUGUUGGGCGGCAUAAAUCUGCUGUUGCUAAAGGCAAUGAUUCUGAAAACUAUGAGAUACUACAGCGCACAUUAGUGGAUGUUACACCACCACCAAGAUUCACGUUUUAUAAGCCUGUUCAAAAAAAUUACCUGGUUGACGAUGAAACAGAAUUGCAUAAUAUACCUUAUAUGGGCGAUGAAGUAUUAGACCAAGAUGGUGAAUUUAUUGAAGAAUUAAUUAAUAACUACGAUGGUAAAGUCCACGAUUCGCCAGCACAUGACGACAAUUUUAAUGAUUUACUUUUUGUCGAGUUGGUCAAGAUCAUCUCCGGAAAAUAUAGGAGUGAAAAAGGACAAAAUUCCUCCUCUAUAGAUUACCAAGAAAGAGUACCUCCAGCAAUAUUUACGGCAGUCGCCAAGGCUUUUAGUGACACUAAUCAAUUUCAAGGUUCUGCAGAGGACUUGAGAGAUCGAUUUAAUUCUGCUAUCAAAAGACUCUUUCACACUCAUAAGAACACCGAAUGUGCACCUGAUAUUGAUGGGCCUGAUUGUAAAGCUGUCUCACGCAGUGAAAGCUUGCAUUCUUUCAACACUCUUUUCUGUCGAAGAUGUUUUAAAUACGAUUGCUGCACUCAUACUUGGACAGGACCGCCAGUCAAAAUACGCAGAAAAACUCCCGUUAAUGCAGGUGAAGCAAAGUCUUGUGGGCAAAAAUGUUGGCUUCUGGAGGUUGAUAAUAUUCAAGGUAAUUCUGGAGCAACCGGUUCCUCUAAUAACAUACAAUUAAAUGGUUGUAAUUCGACUUCGGUUAUGAUAAAGUCAGAGAUUAUAAGCGAAGGAAAUAAAUCUGAUAGCUGGACUGGAGCUGAAAUCUCACUAUUUCGAGUGCUGCAGCCGAUCUACGUGAACGACUAUUGUACUAUCGCUAAUUUAAUACAAACUAAGAAUUGUAAACAGCAACUACGUGUACUAUUAAUUGAGGUACGAGAAUAUGCCUUACAAGUACUCGAUGAGGAACAUUUAAUGGAGAAAGAAUCUAAACCUGUGCAGAAUAACAUACAUAAAAAGAAGCGCAGGAAUAUGCGUGUAUGGGUCAAUCAUUGCCGAAAAUUUCAGCAGAGGCGAGGAAAGGACGAUACCAGCCAAGUCAUUACGUACACUCCAUGCAAUCAUCCUAAUCGUCCAUGUGAUUCUUCAUGCCCAUGUAUUCAAACUCACAAUUUUUGUGAAAAAUAUUGCCAGUGUGACAGAGAUUAUUUGUAUGAUUACAUUAAGUUUGUGUGCCUGAUUAUGGAGUAUUGCCUUGCAGGUAAAAACCGUUUUCCUGGAUGCAGAUGUCGUGCGCAGUGUAACACUAAACAGUGCCCAUGUGUAUUAGCUGUUAGAGAAUGCGAUCCUGAUUUAUGCCAACAAUGUGGAGCAUCAAAAUUCGAUGAUUACUCUAAUCCGAGUUGCAAAAACGUUCUCAUACAGCGCGGUAUUAAGAAACAUUUACUUCUUGCUCCUUCUGACAUUGCUGGUUGGGGAAUAUUUUCAAGAUAUGAAAUUCAUAAAAAUGAUUUCAUAAGUGAAUACUGUGGAGAGAUGAUAUCGCAAGACGAAGCGGAUCGUAGAGGAAAAGUUUAUGAUAAGUCCAAAUGCAGUUUCCUGUUUAAUUUGAAUAACGAAUUUGUUGUAGACGCUACUCGUAAGGGGAACAAAAUCCGCUUUGCCAAUCAUUCGACAAAUCCUAAUUGUUACGCCAAAGUAAUGAUGGUUAAUGGAGAUCAUCGUAUUGGUAUUUAUGCUAAACGAGAUAUCCAGGCUGGUGAAGAGCUAUUUUUUGACUACAGGUAUGGCCCUACUGACGCUCUAAAGUAUGUAAAUAUAGAAAGGGACAGUACAGAUUUAGAAUAA